ACUUUAAAAAAAAAAAAAACACAAAAACCAAAAUACAUCCCAAUUGCAAAAAUUUACUCAAAGCCCACAAAUGAAAUCUAUCUUGUUACCCUUUUUCCUCAUUUUCUUGAACACCCAUUACCAAAUUUCAUCUGGGGUUUCACUUAUAAGCCCAAAUUUGCUUAAAGAUGACAACUUUAGUCCAAUGGUGAAGAGGGUUUGUGGUGGCAAGAUUGAUGAUUAUACACAAGAUGAAUUGAUGGAGUCUGAAAGUAGUAGAAGAGUGUUGAUGAUGGAGAGAAAGUACAUAAGUUAUGAAACAUUAAAGAGAGAUCUUGUGCCUUGUGGUACACCUGGUGCUUCAUAUUACAAUUGUAAAGGUAAAGGAUCAGUUGCUAAUCCUUAUAACAGAGGAUGUGAAAUCAUUACAAGAUGUGCUAGGGAUGCUAUAAAUACAUGAUCUUUAGCCAUUUAUUUGGUAAAGUUUUAAUCUUUAUUUUGUCUGACUAGGGGUAAGAUUGUCUACAUCUCAUCGUCCAAUUAUAUCAUGAACGGAUUGGAUAUCAUUGACAUUGAUAUUUUUAUCUUUCUUUUGGUUGAGUUGAGGUAUCCAUGUUUCUUGGAUUCUUGGUUUAUGUUGGUAUUAGUUUAUAUUGGUGGUAAUUGAUGUUGUUACUUAACUAUAAUGAAACCCAAGUUUAUUUGUAA